AUGUUCAGCAAUAUAACAAAUCUUCUGUGGAGCUCCAGGACAUUUGACGGGCGAAUUUGGAAAGGUAAAGAUUGCAUUUCCGCUUUUAAAGUUUUCAAGUGCUUCAUAAACACGAUUAACAUAUUUAGGCGAGAUCAAAUUUAUCUGCCUUAUCUUUCACCCACUGAGCAAGAGUUGGCAAAACUUCAGCCAUUGGAUGAGCAGCAUCUUCAACUGAUUUCAUACCACCACCUACUAGAAAAAAUUUUUAUUCUUACAUCAGCUGAAUCAAGGACAAUAACAUUGCCUGCUCCAUAAUGAAACGAUAAUU